AUGGCCGCGUCCACCCUGUCCGUCUGCUCCAACGAUCUGAGCUACGGCAGCCGCGUCUGCCUGCCCGGCUCCUGGGACUCCUGCCCCGACUCCUCCUGGCAGGUGGACGACUGCCCAGAGAGCUGCUGCGAGCCCCCCUGCUGCACCCCCAGCUGUUGCCAGUCCAGCGGCUGCACCCCGGCCUCCUGCCUGACCCUCAUCUGCACCCCCGUGAGCUGCGGGUCCAGCCCCUGCCAAUCAGCCUGCACCAGCUCCUGCCGGCCCUCCUGCUGCAGCUCCUCCCCCUGCCAGGAGGCCUGCGGCACGUCCGUCUGCUGCACCCCUGUCUGCUGCCAGGCCUCCCCCUGCUCGGCCACCUCAUGCUGCCAACAGCCUAGCUGCCAGCCCUCCUGCUGCAGCUCCUCCCCCUGCCAGGAGGCCUGCGGCGCGUCCGUCUGCUGCAAGCCCGUCUGCUGCACCCCUGUCUGCUGCCAGGCCUCCCCCUGCUCGGCCUCCUCAUGCUGCCAACAGUCUAGCUGCCAGCCCUCCUGCUGCAGCUCCUCCCCCUGCCAGGAAGCCUGCGGUCCGUCCGUCUGCUGCACCCCUGUCUGCCUCAAGCCCCUCUGCUUCACUCCUGUCUGCUGCACCCCUGUCUGCUGCAAGCCCGUCGGCUGCACCCCUGUCUGCUGCGAGGCCUCCCCCUGCUCAGCCCCCUCCUGCUGCCGGCCCAGCCCCUGCUCCUCGUCCUGCUGCAGACCCUCCUCCUGCGUGUCCCUGCUCUGCCGGCCCGUGGGCCCCCGCCAGGCCUGCUGUGUGCCCACCUCGGCCCAGAAGUCCUGCUGCUGA